CCCUUGUACAACCAAUACCUACCUACACAAACAACCACAACACAAACAUCGCAGUGAACGGCUCUUAGCUCUUGGUCUACCAACUCCACAAAUAAUCAUCACAACAAAACAUAAAUUAUGUAAACAACACCCACAAGACUCUUAAAGCGUACCUAAAUUAAUUUAAAAACAUUUAUCUGUUCAUCCCAAUCUAUGUAACUAGUGUAUUACACGUAUUACAUCAUUAAAAUGUCUCAAAAGAGUGCUCAAAGGUCUAAUAUAAAAUCUAGAGUUAGAGUGUGUAAUAAACCUGUGUUUCAUCUUCAAGACAAGAAGGCAGACGACAAUGAGCUAUCCAAUGGUAUGAUCAAAUCAGCUCAGCGUACGGGACAGCUUAAUUUAUCAAAUAAAGGCCUUGGGUCAGUACCAGACAAGGUGUGGAAAAUAGAAGAACUUGUUUUGAAUGAUACCAAGGAGAUUGACUUUGGGAGGUCAGACACUGACAAUUGGUGGAAUGUUGAGCCUUUGAAAACCCUGGACUUGAGCUCCAAUUCCAUAAAGAAAAUAUCUCCUGAUGUAAAGUUUUUGCAGCAUCUAGUCACUCUCAAGCUCCAUGACAAUGCAUUGACAAGUCUGCCACCAGAGAUAGGAGAACUCAAGAGUUUGUCAAACCUGAGCUUAGACCACAAUAAGCUCACAUUGUUGCCAAAACAAUUUUACAAGCUUACAGAACUAAGAUGGCUGAGCAUAUCAAAAAAUCAAUUGGAAAAGAUAGAACCGGACUUUGGAGACUUGGUUAUGUUGAAGUUUUUGAGUCUAGCACACAAUAAGCUGACAGUUUUGCCACCGGGCAUGGGCUAUUUGGUGCGGUUGGUGGAGCUGAACCUCUCCAACAAUCAGUUAUGUGAACUGCCACCUGAUCUAGUCAAUCUCAGAGACCUGAAGAAAUUAAACUUGAAUAAUAACAAUUUGAAGAGAUUACCAGCUUUAGGUGAACUUAGGAAGAUGGAAGUUUUGGAAGCGAAUCAUAAUGAUAUUGAAGAGUUACCCGAUGUCUAUGGAUGCACAGCUUUAAAAGAAAUUUAUUUGGCUAAUAAUUACAUUAAGGAAAUUACUGAAGAGUUCUGUGAUCAGAUGCAGCAUUUGAGCGUGUUGAAUGUAAGGGAUAAUAAAAUUGAAGUGUUGCCGGAAAAUGUUUGCUUGUUGAAAACACUGAAGCGACUCGACUUGACUAACAACAGUUUAAAUAAAUUGCCCAGAAAUCUAGGCCUCCUGACACAAUUGCAGAGUAUCAAUAUGGAGGGCAAUAAGCUGUCGUUCGUGCGACAGGACGUGAUCAGCGGCGGGACCGACCGGAUGAUGAAGUUCCUGCGGGACCGCAUCACAGAGGAGCUGGUCGAGGACACUAGAGCCACCAGCAGUGAAUGGCCUGAUAAGUACACGUUAAAGAAGAGCCAAGCGUUAAUGUUGCCAGCUAAAGGCCUGCAAUCAGUGCCGGACGAAGUGUUCGCGGCGGCCGCGGCCGCUGAAGUUCACAUCGUCGACAUGUCCAGGAACAAACUCACUCAGCUGCCCAUCGGGGUAUUUCAAGUGCGGGACACACUGGCGCAGCUGAUGCUGUCCUCCAACAGUCUGUCGUCCAUCCCUGCAGACAUUAGGUGCUGUGUCCACCUGCAGUACCUCGACCUCAGCAAGAACUGCCUGUCAGACCUACCACAGGACCUCGCACAUUUGAAGAACUUGAGAGAACUAGUCAUUUCGAAUAAUAAGUUCCCGAAAAUACCGCGAUGCGUAUACGAGCUGGAGAAGUUGGAGAUCCUGCUAGCGGCCGAAAAUCAAAUCGAGGAGAUCAACGUGUCUUCAGACGCGUUGGCCAAGCUGAAAAAUUUGGCCGUUCUGGAUCUGGCCAACAACAGCAUCAUGACCGUGCCGCCCGAACUUGGCAACUUCACGCAUUUGCGGACCUUGGAGCUGAUGGGCAAUUGCUUCCGGCAACCUCGGCACGCGAUCCUCGCGAAGGGGACCGCCUCAGUUCUCUCCUAUCUUAGAGACCGCAUUCCCACCUAAUAUACCAAAAUGCUGUAUAUUUUGUUCUGUCUAUAAAUAGUAGAAAACAAGGUUUUUAACGAGCUACAUUUUUUCGCCAUUGCAACACCAAAUCCAUCGGUCGAGAUUGGUUGAUAAACCCAGUGUUGCCAGCCAAGAUGAUACGGCGCUCUCAUUUAGUUUCUACUUUUUAUAGACAUACUGUAAAUUUGAAAUAACACGCUCAUAUAUAAAUCAUAUAAGAGCGCGGUUCAACUAAUCCCCGCCCUUGAAAUUUACUAUUUCGAUGCAAAACUAUUCAAGUGAGCUGUCAUAACAAAAAGCUAUCAAAAGUAAGCAUUCGGAGCGAUAUUUCAUUUUUAUGUCCGGUCUAAUGGCCGGUGCAGAUCUACUGCGUAAUGCGUAUGCGUGCGUGUUUAUUGUAUGGAACUGUAUGGUACGGCAUAACCAUCCAGUAUCCCAUACUAUAAAGCAUAAAUGUGAAUUCCGCAGGUGAUCUUCGCCGGCCUUAAGUUGUAGCCAGCGACUUUCAUUUAUGUAUGAACACGCCUAAGAUUUAAUAUUGUAGCGAAUCACCCUAAAUAAAAACAGUAAACGUGUAUGAAUGUUUGACCAAAGAAAUAUUUACCUAAAUAUGUUUGAAUAUAAAACUUUAUGAACAUGUAGUAAAUAGUAAAAGUUGUUUGUGCUCUGCUCUCCCUCUCUUUGCUUUCUUUUUGUUUGGGGUCUUCUUUUUCUAUUAAAUAACUAUAUUUUUUUACACAUAAAUUUACUACUUCACCUGCAUCAGUAGCUAAUGUUUCUAUUCACGCAUAAAUUUUAAUUGACCUUGUAAAAAUAGCGGAACUUCACAAAAUUCAGUUCGUAAUGAAGUAAUAGUAAGGUCUUGAUACGCAUCAGUUUUUCCGCAUCGCCUGUUGUAUGACGUAUAAUUUUUAAAGUGUUUAAAUUAACUUGAAAAAUCGAAUCUGUAAUACUUUUUAUUAGAAUAAAAUUAUAUAUCUAAAAAUAAAUAUUAUGAUGUAAAGUUAAACCCUAGAGUGCUGCAGCCUUUUUGGUUGCAUAAAAUGUUGCGAAACUAUUGUAUAUGAUGUUAUUUUGGUGUAUGUUUUUGGUGUAAAUCCAUCAGUCGCACAAUACCAAAAUGUUUAUGUAUCAAAACAUCCAGUGGUAUCAAAAUAACCACUUCAAAAUGUCCUAUUUCACGAUAUUUACUAUUUUCUUGUCGUUUUCUAUUCUAUUUCUGAUCAAAAACCAU